GUAAAAUGCCUCCGCGAUCAGCUCAGUCGAACCAUAUGCGCCCUGGAAACCACGGAGAAUCGACGAUUUCGGGCGUACACGGACCGCGUCCAGUCGACACGAAUGAUGGAAGAGAUUCGUCACAACACACAACAACACACCGCCUUCAUGAUCACCCAGCAUGAAAUAGUAGUAUCAAAACUGAAUGAGAAAAUCGAGAAACUAGAAACCGAUUUGUGUGAAUUGAAUCGGCUAAUUCAGGAAAAGGAUGAUGAAUUGGAACGGUUGAAACUCGAGUUUUCAGAGACAGUAACAGAGCGCGACCUGCAAAUCGAUCGGUUGAAGCAACAGCUCAGCACCCAAGGAUUGGCACAAGAAGGCAACUUGAUGAAUGCGUUCGACAGUCUGGUAAAAGCACUCGGAGAUGAUUACAAGCAGAUGCACAGAAACUUUACACCCUGGUCCCAGAAAUCACUGCAAACCAUCGAGUUGGAGUUUUUGAACCCUCCGUACUUAGAUGAAGAAUCCACAGAGUACUAUGCUGACACUGUAGAAGACUAGAU